UCCUUUUCAAGUCAUCUGGUGUUCCCCUCUCCAGUUCUUAGCAUCCUCGUCCGCUCAAGCUGAUCUUUUCAUCAUGCUGAGUGCAGUGUUCCUGAUAGCGGCUGUCUCCACAUUGACAGCCGGUUUCCCGUUCUCCCGGCAAUUCUCUUAUUUGCAACAAUACUCUCCCUACUACCCGUACCCUUACUCCCAUCCGCUCUACAGUCAAUUCCUGCACAACCGUCCAUACUCAUUCUUCAAUCAAUAUCCAUAUUUCAAUGACGAUGCUAUCAUCAGCUUUGGAGUUGAGGACACUUACUUCCUAGAUGACUUGCCUCAUCCAGACCUGGGUCCAGUCACUAGUAUUCUAGGAAUUGUGGCCUUCAACGUGCUUCUCUUCCAAAAAGUUCUCUUUUCUUAUUAG